AUGGAGAGGCCACUUGACGUGUGGAGCACGGGCCGGGCACACGCCUUCUCUCUCACCACCAUCUACUUUAGAAGGCCGGUCACCUCCGCACGCUCCAAGGUGGAAGCUCCUCAGCUGACUCUCACAGAGGCUCGUCCCUGGUUCAGGGCAGUGGAGGACAGCCCCUUCCUGGUAAGAGCAGACACGGACACUCUGCAGGAGCAUCCCACACGGGUACUGAAGGAGAACCCCGGCUCGGUGCCUGCCACAGCGCCUGGGAGCCCGGAGAAGUCAACGGUGCAGCCUGGCUUCCUCAGCCGGCCUCGUGCACUCUACAGCUGGCCCAUGCCCGUGGCCCGCACUCCCCCGGGCGGCCCCGCAGCCCUGGCCUGGGCCAACCAGAGCGGAGCGCGCGACUUCGUGCUGCUGGGCUUCGCGCACGUGCCCAGGCUGCGCCCGCUGCUCACCGCACUCUUCCUGGCGCUCUUCCUGCUGGCGCUGCUGGGCAACACGCUCAUCGCGCUGCUGCCCGGCCUGGACCCCGCCCUGCGCGCGCCCAUGUACUUCUUCCUGCGCCAGCUGGCCCUGGUGGAGCUCUGCUUCUCGCUGGACGUGGCGCCGCGCCUGCUGCUGACCCUGCUGCGGCCCGGGCGUGGCGUGUCCCCCGCGGCCUGCGCCCUGCAGCUCGUGCUGUCGUGCGUCACGUCCGAGUGCUUCCUGCUGACCGCCAUGGCCUGGGACCGCUUCGUGGCCAUCUGCAGGCCGCUGCACUAUGGCGCCCUGGUGAGCCUCAGGCGCUGCCGCCUGCUGGCCACUGCCUGCUGGCUGGCGGGAGUCCCCGUGGCGCUGGUCUUCACCGCCUGGCUGUUCAGCUUCCCCUUCUGCGGGCCGCGUGGCAUCCGCCACUUCUUCUGUGACAUCGCCCCUCUGCUCAGCCUGGUGUGCGCAGACACCAGGGUCUUCGAGGCCAACGUGUUGGCGGCCACGGUGCUGGUCAUCAUCAUUCCCUUCUGCCUGAUUGCCACAUCCUACGCCAGGAUUCUGCCCACUGUCCUGCGGAUGCCGUCGGCCUCAGGACGCCUCAAGGCGCUGUCCACCUGCGCGUCCCACCUCAUCGUGGUGAUUCUGUUCUAUGGCACCACGGGGGUCAUCCAUUUGCGCCCCAAGGCCAGCUACUCUCCUGAGAGCAAGCAGGUGGUGUCCCUGUCCUACACCCUGGUGACCCCCAUGCUCAACCCGCUCAUCUACAGCCUUCGGAACAAGGAGGUGAAGGCUGCCCUGGGGCGCCUGUGUGGUCAGAGAAGAGGUCCCCACUUUCCAUGACCUGUCUCUGAUUCCCAGCCGUUUUGGCCGGCUCCUGCCCUCGUAGUCCUUAGUGAGGUCACUGUGCACCAGAACUCUGCCUUCUCCUGGGGCUCCCCAGUGGCCCUGAACCCACAUCCUCCCUGCGGCUCCAAGCACUCAGCACCCAGGGCUCA